AUGAGCGAAUGCCAGGGAUUUAAACCAAAUAGCCUUCUCUUCAACCUUCUAAUCACCCGGUCCGACGAUAUCAUCACCGGUAUCGACGCCCUGACAACGCUGACGGGCGACUGGGCCAUCAACGCGACGGGGACGCUGAACUUGGCGUCCAAGGAGGAUUCGACCACGAUCCCCAAGGACCAGCGCGACACCCGCGAGACCAUCCAGGCGGCGAGGACCUCCAAGAGAAGGAACCUUGGUCGGCAGGCUUAG